UUAUCGCAAUCUAUCGAAAAAUAUUUUCAAAUUAUCGUAACGCAAUUAUAUAUUUACGGAUACUGAUGCCGAAAUAAAGAUUAUGCACAAGGAACAGAAUUUUCUUUUUCUUAUUAUCUCCGAUAAAUUAUGAUAAAUCCUAUCUGCAUGUUUGUUAUAAUAAAAGCAGAGUUAUAUAUUAUAUUAUACAUCAGCUGAUAGCUGACGCAGGUUAGUUUCGUAUCACCGAUAUCUUUACAUAUGUAUACAUAUAAUGCAUUAUAAAAGACUGACAAGUGCGAACAAGAGAUGACAAGCGAGAAAACGGAAGAGAACAAGGAUAACACAGAAUAAAAUGCACUGGAUUUAUCAACACAGAAAGGAAACAAAAAAUCCCGACUAACAAUAAUCCAGUUAUUAAUUCGCCAUGGGUGAGCAAAACGUCAAAACGUUAAUUUAUUCCUUUUCGAUACUUCAAUUUCGCUCGGAAACAGAGCGCACUGACUGCACACCAAUUGUGCGGAAUAAUAGAAUGAAAUAUUUUUGUCUGACUACCAUCAUGCAGGUUUAUUAAUACAGAUGUAGCAAGCAGGUCAAGUUAUUUUGGGCAUGUUUGCCUUCGGUUGUCUGUUAACCUCAGAAAUGCAAACUAAUUCCACCAAUUUUAACGUUGACUGUCACCCUUGGCUUGGAGAUUCCAAAAUAGCCUAUCUAAUUUCCUUUAACCAUGGACCCAGAUUCCAUAGAGAUGGCAAACGAAGUCAAGAGAAAAAUCAUACUGCAUUGGAACUGUCGUGGUCUUUCAGAGUUUCCAGAAGUGAUAAGACUGCAUGGCAGUCACAUUCAAGAGAUAUAUCUUAAGUGGAACAAGCUUACCACUUUGCCAUCUUGGAUCAUGGAACUAUUCAAUGUAACCAAUUUGUACAUGUAUGGUAAUCUAAUCAAACAGCUGCCUACAGAAUUCGGUGAGAUGAGCCAGUUGACAGUAUUGGACUUAAGUGCCAACAAAUUGGAACAAGUACCCGUCUGCAUCGGUAACUUGAGUAAUCUUAAGUCUUUACUCUUAAAUGACAAUCUCAUAGAAAGAUUGCCGGCAGAAUUAAGCCAACUGAGUAAUCUGGAGAUAUUGUCUCUCUCGGGUAACCAGAUUGUUGCAUUACCAGAGUGGACCGGCUCUCUACCAAGACUUAAAGAAUUAUAUGUAGAUAACAAUAAACUGAAAGAACUACCUAACAGAUUAACAAUGGCUGCAGAACUUGCUAUGAUCUCUGCAUGUUCAAACAGGUUGCGAUAUUUACCGUUGAAUGGAUUUUUGUCAGCUCCCUGCAUUCGAUUUGACGCGAAUGAGUAUUUAAAUUAUGUCUCGUAUCCACUUCUAUUUCAACUACUUUCACGACUUCAAAUGACAGCUAUUCACGAUAGAGCUGCUUUGGCAUUCGGAUGCUUUAAGACGCAUUACAACACCAAUGUGUUAAACACAAAUAUCAAAUUGUACAUAGAGAUGAAGGGAUUGUAUGAAACGAAUGACGAUGUUAUAAUCGAAUUACCACGGCAGCUUUUAAGGGUUCACGAAGCUCACGAGAAUGUAACUUGUUCCCUGUGGGAAUUAGCGUUGAGAAAAGUUUAUACUGAGAGGUAUAAACAUACGCUCGAUGUUUCUCCCACAAACGUAACGAUACUUUACAAACCACUCUCUAAGAAUAUUAAACCGGACUUUACAUGGUCUUCUAUGAAUUAUGCUUUAUACAGUUUAUUAACAAACGGACCCGCCAGUAUCUGCGUAAACUCCCAGUGUCAGCAACCUAUAUUCACAGAAGCGUGGAUUAUUAUCGGUAUCAGCCGUCACGCAGAGUCCAUGAUAACGAUAGCUCUAUGUUGUAGUAAAAGUUGCGCCACUGCAUUCGCUACAUGCUCGAACACGACUAUUAAGCUUCAUUGGCACUCCAUCAAUUGAUGUUAAACUCUCGUCAUUAGGUACUUAAUUAACACACUUCUGUACACAAAAAGAUAUUAGGAAAAUAAAAAAAUUCUUGCAUAUACAAUU